CGUCCCGGGGCACGGGUGGUGGACCAGUUCGACGGACGACUCGAAUGGCACCUUGAGCAUCCAAAGAAAAACGCGGAUGAGCUUGAUGCCUGGCCGCGCUGCCAUAGCGGUGCAGCGUUUCGAGCGUAUCGGUCGGGCAAGCUCCUCCUACGGCGCGGCAUUGCGUGUGGAGAGGCGACGUCGUACGACACCGAGAUGAUGGCGCAGGGAAUGGGGCUGGGCUUCGCGACGAAGCAGAUCUGUGAGACCAUUCACGUGGUCGCAGAUAAUGAGUCAGCACUACGAACCAUUCUGGACACCGGCAUGCACGGCCAACAGCUCGUGUCCGUGAUCGCGUGCCGGAAGGUCCGGGAAUGGAUGGAGAAGGACGAACGGAGACGCAUCGUCUUCCAUUGGUGUCCGUCACACGUGGGCAUCGAGUGGAACGAGCGGGUGGACGAAGACGCGAAAGCAGCGGCCGACCUGCCUAUGGCAGCGAACGAACGCUCACUCGCGCACGCGAAGCACCUUCUCGCGGUCCAACUGAAGUCCGAUUGGACAAAACAGUACCGCGAGCACAGGGCGUAUGCAGGAAAACACUUCCUGAGACUAAGGGUGUUCGACUCACCCAAACACACCACGAGCGCGGCGCUCGAGGCCCACGGACACUCGACAACAAGAAUGGCACGGUUCUGCCGCGCCGUACUCAACCACGCGCCUAUAGGGUCAUUU